GUACUGGGUCUCCUAUUCGGUAUGGGAUGGUAGGUACUUUUGAAAGAGGCCAACCCACCCACAGCAAUGACUUGUCCAGAUCGACCAAUGAAAAGAUUCUUUUGGGCUAUCAAUCACCUGCAAUAGCCCCAAUACAGGUAAAGAGGGACCGAUCAUGGAUCACGAGUGGAUGACCGGAGGAAAAAGCAAUGCUUCCCCCUCUCGCAAGCUUCCAAGGUUGUUUGCUUAUAUUGCCUCUUUUGCCGCGUGUCGGGCCGCAACACAGAACUCAACCACGGAGUAGUUCGCAGAUAAGCACUAUAGAUGCAGUUCAGUAGGUAGUUGCGUAGCUCCGUCGCCUCGCUCUAAGACCGGACUCGAGUUGGGGGUGGAUGAAACCCCGACUAAACGCUAUCUCCUUGACUCGCGCGAUCUUCGAUCAAGGUCUCUCUGCCUCCAUAAUACAAUGAUUCACUCCACCUACGCACCUGCGGUGGAAGGCUCAGUACGACUUGGAUUUCCCGUUUUCCAAGCAGACGCAAACCCAAUACGCUUGACGCCACCACGACAGUCCUCAGAUUUCGUUAUGAGUGUCUUUGAAAAGGCCCCGGAAGAGGCCCCGGAAGAGGCCCCGGAAGAGGCCCCGGAAAAGGCCGAAGAUGAGUACUGGAAGACGGCGCCAGAACCCGCGACGCACUUUUCGUUCGGUGAUCAGGGCUUGACGGCAACUGUGGGGGCUUACGGCUCCCUGCUUCGGAUCUGCUGUCCCGUUCUGAGCUCGGGCGAGCAGAGCCCCGACCAGGUCAACCUAGACGAAAGGAACUCAGACGAUAGCGAGCCAGAAGAUGGUGAUGAGUUAGACAAGCAGAACGCUGGUGGUCGUAGCUUGGAUGAGGUCUUCCGAUCGAAGAUCCUGUGUCUCGAAUACAGCGGCGAAGAAGCAUGUUUUGUCUCAAGGCGAGCAAGCCGUCUUGCAAAGGACGCCGAUGACGCCAACUGCGGAUUCGGGCUGCGGUUGGACGGAAGCAUUCAACCGGAGCUAUCAACGCUGGACUUCGUCGACAAUCGCUGGCGAUCAUCAAGUACAAGACAAAGCAAGGCUUCUCCAUCACAGUACGGGCUUGGUGUCGGGAUGGCAUGGUUUUGCAGCAGAUGUUGAUUGAUCGAGGCACCGACGGCCCGGAUGCAGUAAAACUGAGUCUGGAUAUGAAUUUUGUCAUGCAAGAUCUGGAUUACAUGCGGUUGGCACAUAAUAUGAACAUGUCAUGUGUGAGGAUCAAUCAAGCGAUUCUCAGGCCGAGAACUGCGUCAUAUUGAAAGCCCAGCGUCAAGGGAGUUCCAAACAGAGCCAGAUUGGCGUGCUCGUGGGACUAAUCAAGGACAAUCAGAGUCAUCCUAUUGGAACCCCUGACAGACCAGAGCCGACAACAGAGCAUGCUGAUUCUGUAUCUCAGUGCUCGGAAGGCAGCCCACAGC